AAGCUUGCAGCGAGUGCUUUCUGUACUUUGACUCUGACAGAAGUCAGAAACAGGUCUGAGAUUAGUCUUUGGACGCGGACUCUCGUCUCCACCGUGUUUUCAGCUCAACGUUACAUCUGUCAUGGCGCAGGGAAAUCUGUCCGUGGUUCUGCACGCCCAGGGAGACCUCCGUCUGGAAAAGCGUCCCGUUCCGGAGCCUGGACCUAAUGAGGUUUUGCUCCAGAUGCACUCUGUUGGAAUCUGUGGAUCAGAUGUUCACUACUGGCAGCAUGGCCGGAUUGGGGACUUCGUGGUCACAAAACCAAUGGUGCUGGGGCACGAGGCGUCAGGGCGGGUGGUGAAGGUCGGAUCAGCAGUCAAGCACCUUAAAGAAGGUGACAGGGUGGCCAUUGAGCCAGGUGUGCCACGCGAGAUGGACGAGUUCUUCAAAAACGGACGAUAUAAUUUGUCUCCUACCAUCUUCUUCUGUGCCACACCCCCCGACGAUGGAAAUCUGUGCCAAUACUACAAGCACAGUGCCAACUUCUGUUACAAGCUGCCUGAUAAUGUGACAUUUGAGGAGGGAGCUCUAAUUGAGCCUCUGUCUGUGGGGAUCCACGCCUGUCGCAGAGGCGGCGUGACCCUCGGCAGCACCGUGCUCAUCUGUGGUGCAGGCCCUAUUGGAUUGGUCUGUUUGCUCGUUGCCAAGGCAAUGGGGGCCUCGCAGGUCGUCAUCACCGAUCUGUCCACAGAGCGCCUGACAAUGGCCAAGGAGUUGGGUGCAGACUUCCAGCUGACAGUGAAGAGAGAAAAUGGACCCCAGCAGCUGGCCAAGAGUGUAGAGGACAUGCUGGGUGCUCAGCCUCACAUUACUAUUGAAUGUACUGGCGUUGAGAGCAGCAUUCAAACUGCCAUCUAUUCGACACGUUCAGGUGGUGUGGUGGUGCUGGUGGGCCUUGGUUCUGAGAUGGCCACUGUUCCUCUGAUCAAUGCUGCUGUAAGAGAAGUGGACAUCAGAGGGGUUUUCCGCUACUGCAACACCUGGCCGAUGGCUAUAGCUAUGUUGGCAUCGGGUAAAGUGAACGUGAAGCCCCUCGUGACCCACCGUUUCCCUCUGGAGCAGGCAGUCCAGGCCUUUGAGACCACGCGUCAGGGUCUUGGGAUAAAGGUCAUGUUAAAGUGUGACAAGAAUGACCAGAAGCCCUAAUCUGACCCUCUGCAGUGAAACAAACCUGACCGACUCAGAGCAACUCAGCAUGGCAGGCACAAACUGGACAUUGACCCUAUGAAAGAUAACCAAGCUAGUUCAAAGAGACACACUAAUAACGGACAGCACUUUGAACUGACUGCUCUACUGCCUGCAGGCCAGAGAUGUAAUUAGCAUCCAAUGGUACGAGUAAUUAUUUUAUGAUGCUCAACUUUGUUUUAUAACCAACAUUUUGUUUGAUGAUUGUAUAUAAUUUAAGGUUUUGCUCCAUUUUACAUUAAUUAUGAUUUUACAAACAGUUACUAUAGUAAAAGAAAAUCUUUAAAUGAUAAAAUUAAAAACAAAAUGUGAAUUA